AAACCACAAGAUCAACAAGGGCAAAGCUGUUUGUUCUUUGCCUCCAUCAACAACCUGUUCUCCUUUAAUGAGAGAAUCACCUCUGGAUACCUCGAGGCGUUCACAGGUGUCCCAUACUAAGGAGGCGUCACAUUUCAUCUGAUCACUCUGUGGAUCUAAACCGGCUCAAAUUUAGCGAUGAUCGUUUCAUUAUUCUCCAGCUCUCUGAGUGUCCUGCUGCUGACGUUGACUGCUCUGAGUGCAGGCAGUCCCAUCAGGUCUCCUGAGAGCCAGCACACGGCAUCGGCCCCCGGGGAUAUCGGUGAUAAUCCGCCACUUGGUGUUCAGGAUUUUCUGAGCCAGUUUCUGUCCACACUGAAUCUGACAGAUCUGAGGCCCCAGCCCAGGCCCGCGGCCACCUCACCGGACCCACCAGAGUACAUGCUGGAGCUGUACAACCAGUUUGCCAGGGACUACACUGCCGUCACUUCAGCCAGCAUCAUCCGCAGUUUCAAGAACCAAGAUUCUUCCCCUUACAGUGUAACAGUCCGGGGUGUCAAGAUCCACCCUUUACUCUUCAACAUCUCCACCCCCCACCAUGAACACAUAACAGUUGCUGAGCUUCGCCUUUUCACUCUGGUCCAGAAGGCCCAAAGACCAAAUACUGGUCUCAACUGCAAGGUGACCGUCUACAAAAUACGAGAGGAUGUGGUGUGGACCAAAGAGGUGGGCAAAGAAGGGAGAAGGAGGGAUAAAGAGGAAGUGGUGGAGAUGAAGGACUUGGAGAAAGUGGUGACAAAGCACAUUCAUGCCAGGGAUAACUCCUGGGUGUCAUUUGACCUGACGCAUGUCGUUACACUCUGGCAGAAAUCGCCGACCACAAGUCACAGACUGGAGGUUCAUAUUGCAAAUUCUGGGUCAGAGGAUGGGGUCACAGCAGAGGACGUAGACCUGAUUGGUAUCGUCAGAAGGUCGGAGGAAAGCCACAACGCAGUGAUGAUUGUAUUCUCGGAUGAUCAGAGCAGGGAACACAAACAGGAUAAGCAGGAGCUCAGUCACAUGAUCGGGCAUGAGAGUGACCUUUAUGGAAGCAUGGGGCGGAAUCAGCCCGCUCUGAUGGGGCGUGCUAAUCUCCACAGCGACCAUGCAAAACACGAUGACCUGCAGUCCAACAUUAUCUAUGAGACGCCACCCCGAAUCCGUCGCAAUGCCAAAAGCGAGCCGUGCAAGAGGACGUCGCUCUUUGUGAAUUUUAAAGACAUCGGCUGGGACUCGUGGAUCAUCCAGCCGGAGGGCUACGAGGCGUACAGGUGUAAAGGCGUGUGCAACCCACCUAUGACCUCUGAGGUCUCACCUACCAAACACGCCAUAGUCCAGACUCUGCUAAGCGUAAAGAAUCCGGAGGGAGCGUCACGUGCCUGCUGCGUGCCCACAAAGCUGGAGCCUAUCUCACUCCUUUACUAUGACAGUGAGGUUGUCACUUUCAACCACAAGUACGAGGGGAUGGUGGUGGCAGAGUGUGGAUGCAGAUAGUCCUGAAACGGAUCUUAUAGCACGCAGCAGCAGACUGUGCACUGAGGGACACUGAAAAAUAACUUAGACUUAAGCAGUAUUAUGCAAUACUCUCUCUCUCUCUCUCUCUCUCUCUCUCUCUCUCUCUCUCUUUCUAUCUACCUAUCUAUCUCCAAAUCAGAAAACCUUGGUACAACAUGGAAAAUGGAUAAAACCAAACUAAGACAAGAAAAAAAGAAGAGA